AUGUCACUGCUUUCAAUUAUAAAUGGUUAUAAAACUACAUCCGAUACUACCACCACCAAAACAGCAUCCGCAAUUGGCAUCGACAGUGCCAUCAAUAACAUGAUUAGAAUUAAUAAAGCUUCUAAAAACUUAGUAUUAUGUUUUGAUGGGACAAGUAGUAGUUUUGGACCGUCUCCGUUCACCAAUAUUUUGAAAAUAUUUAGACUCCUAGAUAACAGUGACGAUACUGUCCAGUUAUGUUACUAUCAACCAGGCGUAGGUAAUUGUAUGGGAUUUGAUCCAGCACUUAACGUAACAUUGUCUGCUAAUUUCUUUUCUAAUUUAACGGAUUCCCUGUUUGCCUUUAGCUUAGAUUAUCAUAUCAUGUCUGCAUAUUUAUUUUUGAUGAAAUAUUAUGAAAGGGGGGACAGAAUAUACAUGUUUGGUUUCAGUAGAGGUGCAUUCACUGCACGUAUUUUGGCGGGAAUGAUCGAAAGGGUUGGCUUAUUGAAUAAAGGGUCCGAAGAUGUAAUUUACGUGGCUUGGAAAAUGUAUAAAGCAUGGGAAUACGCAGCGCAACCUAGCCAACCAAAUUAUAACACCACAUUAGUGGAAGAAUUUAGAGCAACCUUUGCUAGACCAUAUGAAGUGCGAAUACAUUUUCAAGGGCUAUUUGAUUCAGUUAAUUCUGUAGGAUUGUUAAGAGAUAGAUUAUUCCCCUUUAGUGCUAGGAGUGGAAUUGUGGAUCAUGUUAGACAUGCAGUUAGCAUUGACGAACGGAGAGGUAAAUUUAAACAACAAAACUUUGCGCCCAAUCCAUGCACUCCUUUAUUAUUCUCACUUGAAUAUAAAAGCCAUUUAGUUGAUUACAUUCCAAUAACACAAGAUGCCCCUUCUAUUAGCAAUGACGGUCUACAAAACAAUACCGAACUGUAUAGUGAUAACAACUUAUACUGUAAUACUUUUAUAGAUGCUACAAUAAGGAGCCUGGAUUAUGCCUUUAAACCUCGCUUUGACUAUGACUUUGCAACUACCAGCGGGUAUCAACAAGGUGACACUAAUAAGCGUUACUUUAAUACCUAUCCUCGAGCUAAGAUGAAAUUCAAACAAAAUGAGGGAUUCACUUACUUCAGUGAUCACAAUAUAACCACCGGCAAUAGUGGUGGCAGUAGUCGGGGAAAAAAUAUAGACUCUGAACAUUUAUUGGUGAGGAAAAAAGUGGAAGGGUUAUUUAAGCUCAGAAUUUGUGAUGCCGGGAACAGCCAUGAGAAAGAUAUUUCCAUGUCGCCUGAUUUAAUUGAAAUGUUUUUCCCCGGUGAUCAUUCUGAUGUUGGUGGUGGAUGGGUCCCAGAUACACCAUCUUAUCUGUAUGUGUCAACUGUUCCGUUAAGAUGGAUGCUUUCUGAAGCCAUCAAGUCUGGUGUCAAAUUUAAACUAGAUGAAGUCAAAGGUUUUAUGACUUCUUACCCCUUGAAGGAAAAUUUUUGCGCAAGUACUCAUGAUUGGUUGUCCUUUUUUAAAAUUAAUGUUUGUUGGAGGAAAAUGUUUAACAGAAAUAAGGAUACCAGUGGUGGAAGUUUUGAAAACACGUUUAAAGACAGGUUUUUUUAUUUUUUGGAAAAACGGGGGAAACGACAAUCCCCCAAGAAAUAUCGUAUGAAAAGAAACAAUGCCGGUGGUAACAGAAUAUCUACAAACGAGGAGGCUGAUGAAGAACGCAAUAUUGUAGAUAGCAAGGGAUUCCCUAAUAUUCUACAUACGUUGUUUUGGUGGUUUAUGGAAUUAAUACCAAUAGGCAUAAGAUUAGAAGAUUGUACGCUAAAAUGGAGAAAUGUUUAUAUACCCAAUUUUGGAAGAUCAAGACAUAUACCGGAGUAUUCAAAGUUACAUUGGUCAGUUUUGUGGAGAAUUAAAUAUUCACCAACAUAUAGACCCAAGAAUAUACCCAGAUAUGCAAAAGAAAUGAUGUAUCAAGUCUGUGGAAUUGACAUAGACGGGAAACGAAAGGUGAAUAAGGAGGGAAGUAGCAGUAAUAAUCAAAAGAAACGCGGCUAUGUUACUGUUUCAUCAACGAUCGUAUCACCUCAUAAGUCAUAUCCUUCAAUGACAAACGGGAAUGUAGAGUAUUCUUGUAAUUUAUUGCCAAGUAACGAAGAUCCAGGGGUCGUUGAUGAAAAUUGUCCAUUACUAUCGAGGCAAUCCCCUCAGUCAAAAUUUUCAAGUGAUUCCUGUGAUUUUCAAAUAUAUUCACAAUCACAAAUUGUUCAGAGGCGUAUGGAAUUAGAACAAUUGUUGAAUCAAUGGGAGGCAGAAGGUUGGGAAAACAUACCUGAUGAACUAGCUGAAUGUUUGUAUUAA